AUGCAGAGGCUGCAGGUGGCAUAUAAUGAUGUCUUCAGGAUUUUAUUAAAAAGACCACAAUGGUACAACAUGAGUGAGAUGUUCUUUGUUGUAGGAGGCAACACCCUUUAAGCUUUUCUAAGUAAUCUUUUUUAUAGUUACGUUUAAUGUCUUAACGCGUCAGAGAAGGAAAUCAUUCUAACCGUCGGUAACAUCAGACACUUUUCGUUAUAGUCCCCAAUUUGGAGAAAGUGGUAUAAUCACCUUUUUAUACCUAAUAACCUUAAUAUGUUUCACUUUCAUUUUAUUCUUCUGUAUGUCUUAUGUUUUAUUCGUGGUGUUGUUGACAUUUGGACCUCUAGUCUGUACACAGAUUCCAGUCUAUUUGACAUUUUUUUAUGUCAAUGCAAAGAACUUGUUUUGUUCUAUUAUACAAAGAAGUAAGUUAACUACUGCAGGUCAAGUGAGGCAUUUCUUUCAGAGAGCUGUCCAUAUGGGCGGUGUUUGUCUCUCCUGAUAAUCUUUGCUGGAGGAUUAGAGCCUGUCUGUUCCUGCAGGAGGACACUAUUGGAUUCAUGCUAAUGGUCGUCCAUGUACAGUAAGCCUCAGGAUUGAAUCCACCCAGCAUCUGUAAUGCCUUGCUCUAGGGGCUCUGUUCAUUGGUCUCUAACAGAGUUAUUUGGGCAGCGGAAGCUGUUGGGACUUGGAGCUCUGCUGGCUUGGGUCGUCCUCUUCCAUCUCCUGGUCAAUGUUUGGCUCCUUUGCAUCUUCACAAGUCUCUUGGUGGUUUUUGGUGGCUGGCUUGGGUCCCGCGCCGCCUUGGAUGCCAACAGUCUUCUCCACUUGGAGCACUUUUUGCCCCUGGGUAAAAUUAACCCGCCUGUGCAUUCACCUGAACAGGAGUGGAGGCUAAACCAUGAGAUCCACAGCGCCGUUCACAAAGCGGUGCGCGACUUUGUGUCGUCGUGGUAUCGGACUCUGCUGCCCGAGGUGGAGGGAGAGUUCGAGCGUGCGGUGCGAAACUCAAUGCUGGACUCAGUGAUGGAGCUAAAGGAACGAGCUCAAAAAGUGGACCGAAAGGCAUUGGUUCAGCAGCUGCUGGAACUCUACGGGUGUCACCUGCAGAGCUACAUGACAGUAAAACAGAUUCAGUCAACACAGAGAGAGAGCGCUGAUCUGUGGCAGCUCUACAGUGAAGUGGAGUCCCCUCAUCCAGCUGUGAGCAAUGCAACUGCAGAACUCAACUACUCCAGAGCUUUGGUUAACAUUGUGUUGCAUAUUCUUGUCCCGUACCCCCAGAUGGAAACCAGGACUGGGGGUUACAUGGUUACAGAGCUUAUAACGUGCAACGUGUUUUUAACACUGAUAAGCAGAAUAUCGGAUCCAGACUGGCUUAAUCAGACCAUAGUAGAUUUGUUCACCAAAUCCAAAGAGCCUCAAAAAAUCAAGGAGGACCUCCCUGCCAAUGCUUUCUACAAGUGCCAGAAACAGCAGGAGUCCUGGACCACCUGCAGGUCUCCGUCUUCUGAUGAUCAAGCUGGUUUCUUCAACAAAAACACUUCUGAGACAGAUGAUGUUAAGAGUCAGAGAUCCCUCUCCAUUAUGGACUUGUCCCAGAGCAGUCGGACUUCUACUGAGAAAGUUCCCAGUUGCCACGCAAGGCUGCACCCAGCUUACAAUGUGAACUGCUGCUCCAACUCAACCAUGUCCAAAUUAAUCUCCAUGGACUCACUUAUUCCUUCAGACUCAGAAGAUGACCCCAGUGGAGGUUUUUGUGAAUGCAGUCCUCCCACCAACUUCUGUAGCCUGUUCCUUGUGAAGGAUGAUGAACCCUUUGGUUGCCUCGCCCCUCUUCGAAAUCUCGGACCAAAAGCAGUGGUACCAGAAGACUUCCAGUGGCCAGCAGGUAUAGCGCAAGAGAAAAGCCCAACUUUUCUUAGAAAAAAGCUUUGUUCAACGCCCUUCAAUUUUGAGGCCACCAGCAACCAAGCUGCCCCCUUGAACAUCCAGACCAUCCAGAUAUCUGGAACUGUCAGUGUGAGUGAGCAGCGCAGCACAGGCGCACACCCCUAUACCCUCUACACUAUAAAGUUUGAGACGUUACCUGAUGGAAAUGGCGCUGGGAAAGGACAAACUGCUGCAUGUCACACUGUCAACCGCAGAUACAGCGAGUUCCUUAACUUGCAGACGCGUCUAGAGGAAAAGCCUGAAAUGAAGAAAUUAAUCAAGAAUAUCAGAGGACCAAAGAAGAUGUUCCCUGAUCUCCAGUUUGGCUGUCCAGACAGCGACAAAGUAGAAGCUCGUAAAAGUCAGCUGGAUGCUUUUCUUAAACAAUUAAGCAGCAUUCCUGAGACCGCCAACAGUGAAGACAUGCAGGAGUUUCUGAGUAUCAACUCGGAUGUUUGCACAUAUUUUGGAAGGAAACCUUUCAGCAAGUCAAGGAUUGAUAAGAUGAUGGAAAAUGCUCUGGACACUCUGAGGACAGCUUUUCCCCAUCCUGACCUUCUUAGUCCAGUAGAAGAUGUUGAAGGAGAUAAUGAGGGGAGGACAAUGGAUAACAGAAAGUACAGGAGACUGUUCCCAAGCAAAGUUUCUCCAACUCUCAACAUCCCUGAUCUGCAUCCUAAAGUGACGUACUGCUACAGUGAAGGCAGCUCUGUUCUUAACGGCAUGUCUCUGUCCGGCCUGGAGAGUUUUGUCAGAGAGCAGGAAAGGCUUCUUUGUGGGCUGAAUGGGACAGAAACAACCAGGCAGAGCAGUGAUCUGCAUGGCAAAGAGAGCAAGCUGACAGGGAGAACUCAUGGGACAGACACAGCUGUGGCAGAUGUUGCUUUGAACAUCUUGUGUCUGCUCAUGAAGGACCAGUGGAGCUGGUUGUGUACUGAGAACAUUCAGAAAGCCAUCAGACUUCUCUUUGGGACUUUUAUUGAGAGAUGGUUAGAAGUAGGCACUGCACACCUCACCAGUGCCCAGUGCUGGGUGAUUUACCUACAGGUGCUGCAGGAAGCUGUGUGGCCAGGUGGUAUGCUUCCUGCCCAACCCCAGCCGGAGCGAAGUGCUGCAGAAAGAGAGGAAACCAAAGAGCAGUGUUUGCACUGUCUGAUGCAGCUGAUUCCUGAGUUUAUUGCUGAAAUGUUGGGCUGUGAAAAGUAUAAAAUGAGCCUGGAGACCAUGCUGGGGUCUCUACAAGACCAUCAGAUCAACAAGCAUUUGAUCUUCUGCAUGUGUGACCUGCUGCUGGAGUUUCUGAUUCCUGAGUCAUGUGACGAGGUUCUGCAGAGGUCUCUGCUGCAGAGCCUCCUGAAAGACACCGAGAAGGACAGUUCUCAUGUAUAAUCACUGUCAAAGUCAUACAAGGGGGAGAGUUGAUGCAAAUUCUGAGGCAACGGCCUAAAUGUUUUUUUAACCAAGUUGUUAAAUCUUUUUUUUAAAUAAUGUUUUACACAUUAA